CUCCUCCCCACACAGGAGGUGUUUCAUACAAUACUGAUUGUCUGAUACUGAUAGCUUGAUCCAUCAUCAAGCUGUUGCAGGAUUUCAUUUUAUAUGCAAUACAAACUUCUUUUGCACUUUAGUGGACAUUCUUCGUUCCGCAGGUUCCAUUCUCAGCAUCUGCUUUUCCCUACCUCGACUUUGAAGAUGUAUGCUUAAAUGCAAACUGGAAUAACAAGGCUCAGCGUCUGGUGGCUGUGCAGGGUUGCACACGUUUUGCUCCCUUGGGGUUUCUAAAAAGUGGAAGGCUUGGAUCUGUCAGAAAGAGAAAAUUCAUCUGAUAGUUCCGCUGUUACCAGAUUUACCUACCUGGAGAAGGCUACAGUAUAACUGCUGACCCUUUUUGGUGGAACAUCUGCGGUUUUUGGCUGAGAGCAGCGUGUUUCCAGGGAUGGGGAGUUGCCGGUGGCCGGGUCUGCAUUCCUGGCUGGGAUACCUAGCUCUGCUGCAGACAGUAAUGGGACAGUUAGCAGACAGCAGCUUCGAUUCCAGAGGAAUUCCAGACGAAGGGCGAACGGGAUUUGCACCCAACAGACCAAGACGGAAAGGGCAACAAGAUGUACUCCGCGGACCAAAUGUAUGCGGCUCAAGGUUCCAGACCUACUGCUGUCCUGGCUGGAAAACAUUACCAGGGGGAAACCAGUGCAUAGUCCCAAUUUGUAGAAACAACUGCGGCGAUGGAUUUUGUUCACGUCCCAACAUGUGCACUUGUGCCAGUGGUCAAAUUGCACCUUCCUGUGGGACCAAAUCUAUUCAGACUUGCAAUGUCAGGUGCAUGAAUGGAGGAACUUGCAUAGCAGAAGAGUGUCAGUGCCAGAAGGGAUACACCGGAACUCACUGCGGACAGCCUGUCUGUGAACAUGGCUGUCAGAAUGGUGGUCGAUGUAUAGGUCCAAACCGUUGUGCUUGUGUCUAUGGAUUUACUGGCUCUCUGUGUGAGAGAGACUAUAGAACAGGCCCUUGCUUUACUCAGGUUAAUAAUCAAAUGUGCCAGGGGCAGGUUACUGGUAUUGUCUGCACAAAGACUCUCUGCUGUGCCACUAUUGGACGGGCCUGGGGCCACCCUUGUGAGACCUGUCCUGCUCAACCUGAGCCCUGCCGCCGUGGUUUUAUUGCCAAUAUCCGCAGUGGAGCAUGUCAAGAUAUUGAUGAAUGCCAAGCCAUUCCAGGACUUUGCCAAGGGGGAAACUGCAUUAACACAGAUGGGUCAUUUGAAUGCAAGUGUCCUGCUGGUUACCGGAAAAAUGAUGUAUCACAGAAAUGUGAAGAUGUCGAUGAGUGCAGCAACGUUCCAGGUAUUUGUGACGGUGGAGAAUGCACCAAUACUUUAGGAAGCUAUCACUGUGCCUGUCACCGUGGUUAUGUCGCAUCCAGAGAUGGCUCACGCUGCAUUGAUCAACGAGUAGGCACCUGCUUUGCAAGCCUUGUGAAUGGUCGAUGUGCCCAAGAGCUAACUGGUCAAUUUACCAAGAUGCAGUGCUGCUGUGAUAGUGGCCGCUGUUGGGCUCAAGGACCUAUUUCAGAAAUGUGCCCCAUCAGAGGUUAUGGUGAAUAUCGCAGACUUUGUCUGACUGGUGUCCCUGUGGACAGCAUUCCAGGAGGGGCCAUAGACCCUGGACAGGGUGGGACUGGACUUUGGCCAGAUAUUUAUGGUGGCUCACGUGGGCCAGGUAUUGGGGAAAAUGGACAAGGUUCGGUUACUGGAGGUACAGUGCUGGAGCCAAAUGGACGGCCAUAUCCAGGAGAUAGAUACCCUCUUCCUGACAUAGUGACUUUGAAUGAGACAGCAGAUCUUUGCAAACUUUACAGCAACCUUUGCUUGAAUGGGCGUUGUGUACCUAUUGUGGGCAGCUAUCGAUGUGAGUGUAAUAUGGGAUUCAAGCAGGACGUGCGUGGAGAAUGCAUUGACAUUGAUGAAUGUGCCUCAUACCCCUGUAUUAAUGGAGACUGUGUCAACACUCCUGGCUCCUAUUACUGUACAUGUCAUAUUGGUUUCCAGAGAACAGCCACCAGGCAGGCAUGUAUUGAUAUUGAUGAGUGCAUUCAAAAUGGUGCCCUUUGCCAAAAUGGCCGAUGUGCAAACACUGACGGAAGUUUUCAGUGCAUCUGUAAUGCUGGAUUUGAGCUGGCUUCAGAUGGGAAGAACUGUGUAGACCAUGAUGAAUGUGCCACCACAAACUUAUGCUUGAAUGGAAUGUGUAUCAAUGAGGAUGGAAGCUUCAAGUGUAUCUGCAAACCGGGAUUCUCUCUGUCUUCCAAUGGACGAUACUGCACUGAUAUUGAUGAGUGCCUGACUCCAGGACUCUGCAUGAACGGACGCUGCGUCAACACUGAGGGAUCAUUUAGGUGUGAAUGUCCACCAGGCCUGACUAAUGGUGCUGAUGGUCGCCUGUGUGUUGACACACAUAUUCGGAGCACCUGCUACAGAGAGUUUAAGAAGGGUGUCUGCCUCCGUCCUUUCCUCAAAAUGACAACAAUAUCAGAAUGCUGCUGCAGCAGCCCAGAUUAUUUCUUUGGAGAGCCCUGUCAGCCUUGUCCUGCAGUAAGCUCAGCUGAAUUUCAGGCUAUCUGCUCGGGUGGAACUGGUAUUUCAAUAGAUGGAAAAGAUAUUGACGAGUGUGCAUUAGAUCCUGAGAUUUGCCAACAUGGAAUGUGUGAAAAUCUGCUCGGUAGCUAUCGCUGUAACUGUGUUACUGGCUAUCAGACUGAUAUUUCUGGAAAGAACUGCAUUGAUAAAGAUGAGUGUGCAGAGAAUAGACUUCUCUGUGAUAAUGGUCUUUGUAGAAACACACCUGGAAGUUACACUUGCACAUGCCCAGAAGGUUUCAUCUUCAGUCCCGACACACAGACAUGUGAAGAUAUUUCUGAAUGUGAAAGCAACCCGUGUGUGAAUGGAGUCUGUAGAAACACCAUUGGCUCUUUCAUCUGUGAAUGUCCUCCUAACAGUAAACUGGAUCCAACAGGCCUGAUAUGCAUUGAGACCGUGAAAGGGACUUGCUGGCUACACCUUCAAGAUGGCCACUGUGAGGUCAACAUUAAUGGAGCAACAUUAAAGUCAGAGUGCUGUGCAACUCUUGGUGCUGCAUGGGGAAGUCCAUGUGAGCCCUGCGAAACAGAUUCAGCCUGUCCAAGGGGAUAUGCUAGAACAAAUGGUGUUGUAUGUAAAGAUAUAAAUGAAUGUGAAGUUUUCCCAGGUGUUUGUACAAAUGGAGAGUGCAUGAACACAAAAGGAUCUUUCUUGUGUCAUUGUCCUGAUGGCCUGACCCUGGAUACAUCAGGCCGAACAUGUAUAGAUAUCCGUGUGGAGCAGUGCUAUCUGACAUGGGAGGAGGAGGAAUGCUCAGAACCCGUGAUUGGUAAAUUUCGAAUGGAUUCCUGCUGUUGCUCUGUUGGAGCUGCUUGGGGUGUAGAUUGUGAGGAAUGCCCACAGCGUGGCACUGAUGAGUAUGAGGACUUAUGCCCAAGAGGCCCAGGUUUUGCUAGAAGGGGAGAUGUUCUCACUGGUCGACCAGUCUAUAAAGAUAUUAAUGAAUGCAAAGCAUUCCCUAUCUGUGCUAAUGGAAGAUGUCGAAAUGCUAUUGGCAGCUUCAAAUGUAAAUGUAACAAUGGGUUUGCACUGGACUUGGAAGAAAGAAACUGUGCAGACAUUGAUGAAUGCCACAUCUCACCAGAUAUUUGUGGACAUGGCACAUGUGUUAACACUCCUGGCAGCUUUGACUGUGAGUGCUUUGAAGGCUAUGAGAGCGGCUUCAUGAUGAUGAAAAACUGCAUGGAUAUUGAUGAAUGUGAAAGGAACCCCCUUCUGUGUAGAGGUGGCACUUGUGUGAACACAGAGGGUAGCUUCAUGUGUAGUUGCCCCCAUGGGCAUGAACUCUCUCCAGAUGGUGACUCUUGCAUAGAUACCAAUGAAUGUUCUCUCAGUGACAACCUCUGCAGGAAUGGCAAAUGUGUGAACACGGUUGGAAGUUACCAGUGCACCUGUAAUCCAGGGUACCAGGCAACUCCUGACAGACAGGGCUGUGUUGAUAUAGAUGAGUGUACCAUCAUGAAUGGUGGCUGUGACAGUCACUGCAUGAAUUCAGAAGGCAGCUAUGAAUGCAGCUGUAGUGACGGCUAUGCCCUGAUGCCUGACAUGAGGACCUGUUCAGAUAUUGAUGAAUGUGAAGAAAGCCCUGAAAUCUGUGAUGGUGGACAGUGUACCAACAUUCCUGGAGAAUAUCGCUGUUUGUGCUAUGAUGGCUUUAUGGCAUCGAUGGAUUUGAAGAGUUGCAUUGAUGUAAAUGAAUGUGACCUGAACCCCAACAGUUGCAUGUUUGGAGAAUGCGAGAACACCAAGGGGUCCUUCAUUUGUCAUUGUCAGUAUGGAUAUAUAGUCAAGAAGGGGAGCACAGGAUGCACUGAUGUGGAUGAGUGUGAGCUUAAUGCUCACAACUGUGACAUGCAUGCUUCUUGCAUCAACAUUCCAGGAAGCUUCAGCUGCAGCUGCAGCGAAGGCUGGGUUGGGAACGGCAUCAAAUGCAUUGAUCUUAAUGAAUGUGAAAACAAAACACAUCUUUGCAGCCAAAGUGCACACUGUAUUAACACACCAGGAUCCUAUCGCUGUGCCUGUUCUAAAGGUUUCUCAGGAGAUGGCUUUACCUGUUCAGAUGUUGAUGAGUGUGCAGAAAACAUUAACUUAUGUAAGAAUGGGCAGUGCUUAAACAUUCCUGGAGGAUAUCAAUGUGAAUGUGACGUGGGAUUUACUCCAUCAUCUCACAGCAGGUCAUGUAAAGAUAUUGAUGAGUGCUCAUUCCAACAUAUCUGUGUAUUUGGAACCUGUAAGAACAUGCCUGGAAUGUUCCAGUGCACAUGUCAUGAAGGGUAUGAAUUGGACAGAACAGGCGGAAAUUGUACAGAUAUUGAUGAAUGUGCUGAUCCAGUCAACUGUAUGAAUGGUCUCUGUGUGAACACACCCGGUGCAUACCAAUGCAACUGUCUUCCUGACUUCCAGCUGAACCCAACUGGAGUUGGCUGUGUUGAUACACGAAGCAGUAGUUGCUACGUGGAACAUGGUCUUCGCGGGGAUGGCAGCCUGUCUUGCAGUGUAGAGAUCGGUGUGGGUGUAACCCGGUCUUCGUGCUGUUGCACACAAGGAAAAGCUUGGGGUAACCCCUGUGAGCUGUGCCCAACAAUAAACUCGAGUGAAUACAACACACUGUGCCCAGGAGGAGAAGGAUUCCAACCAAAUCCCUUUACGGUUCUCCUGGAAGACAUUGAUGAAUGCCAGGAAUUUACAGGUCUGUGCCAAGGAGGAAACUGCAUUAACACAUUUGGCAGCUUUGUUUGUGAAUGUCCAUUAGGUUACAGUCUCCGUACCCAAACUAAAAUCUGUGAAGAUAUUGAUGAAUGCAUUCAAUAUCCUGGUGUCUGUGGACCUGGAACCUGUUAUAACACCCUGGGGAAUUAUACCUGUAUCUGUCCACCUGACUAUGUGCAGGCCAAUGGUGGCAACACCUGUAUUGACAUGAGAAAAGGAACCUGCUUCAGAAACUUCAAUGGAACAAUCUGUGAAAAUGAACUGCCCUACAACUUAACCAAGAGAAUGUGUUGUUGUGCUUCCAGUGUUGGAAAAGCCUGGAACAAGCCAUGUGAACCAUGUCCAGUACCAGCAACAGAUGAGUAUAAAGCAUUGUGUGGCAGUAUGGUCCCAGGAUUCACUUUCAACUUCUUUACUGGAAAACCUAAAGAUAUAGAUGAAUGCCAUGAAAUCCCAGGAUUUUGUUUGAAUGGAGUCUGUAUAAAUCAAAUUGGAAGUGCCCGCUGUGAAUGUCCGACUGGAUUUAGUUACAAUGAACAACUUCUAGAUUGUGAAGAUAUUGAUGAGUGCAGCAAUGGGGAGAACAUCUGUCAGCGUAAUGCAGACUGCAUUAACAUUCCAGGAAGCUUCCGCUGUGAAUGUUCUCCAGGAUUCAAAGUCUCACCUAAUGGUGCUUGUGUUGAUCGUAAUGAGUGUUCAGAAAUUCCAAAUGUCUGCAACCAUGGAGAAUGUGUCGAUUUGCCAGGUCGUUAUAUCUGCAUUUGUUAUACUGGCUUCAGGGCUUCUGUGGAUGAGAGCAUGUGUAUUGAUGAUGAUGAAUGUCAAAAUGAACCUUGUGGGAAUGGAACCUGCAGGAACACAGUAGGAUCAUACAAUUGUCUUUGUUACCCAGGAUUUGAACUUUCUGAAAACAAUGAUUGCAUAGAUAUUGAUGAGUGCAGUUCAUUCUAUGGUCAGGUAUGCAGGCACGGAAGUUGCUUCAAUGAAAUCGGCUCAUUUCAGUGCUUGUGUGAUGAAGGCUAUGAACAUACAGCAGAUGGCAAGAACUGCAUUGAUAUUAAUGAGUGUGUGGUGUUUCCAGGAACAUGCUCUCCUGGUACCUGCCAGAACACUGAUGGCUCAUUCAGAUGUAUUUGCCCUCCAGGCUAUGAACUGCAAGAUGAAAGAUGUAUCGAUAUCAAUGAGUGCUCUGAAAAUCCUAGUCUCUGCAUUUUUGGCACUUGCCUUAAUACCCCUGGAAGCUUCCACUGUGUCUGCCCUCCUGGCUUCGUCCUGUCAGAGAAUAAACAGCGAUGUUUUGAUACAAGACAAAGCUUCUGUUUUACAAAGUUUGAGAAUGGGAAGUGUUCUGUUCCAAGGCCUUUGAACAUCACCAAAGCAAAGUGCUGCUGCAGUAAGAUGCCUGCUGAAGGGUGGGGUGACCCAUGUGAACUCUGUCCACAGGAAGGCUCAGCUGGAUUUAAAGAUCUGUGUCCAUUCGGCUUUGGCAGGAUCCCUACUGUUGGAAGCAGUCAUGAAGAUGAUAAUGAGUGCCUUGAGAACCCAGGAAUCUGUUUGAAUGGUCACUGUAUUAACACUGAUGGUUCCUUCCGCUGUGAAUGUUCCAUGGGGUACACUCUAAGUGUUUCUGGCAUAGAGUGUGAAGAUAUUGAUGAAUGUGCUGCUGGAAAUUCCUGUGGUAACGGAACAUGUACUAAUGUGCUUGGGGGCUUUGAAUGUGACUGUGAUGACGGCUUUGAACCAGGGCCAAUGAUGGCAUGUGAAGAUAUAAAUGAAUGUGCACUAAAUCCCCUCCUGUGUGCUUUCCGAUGCAUUAACACAUAUGGAUCCUAUGAAUGUACCUGUCCGUUUGGCUAUGCACUGAGAGAGGACAGAAGGAUGUGUAAAGAUUUUGAUGAAUGCUUUGAAGGACAUCAUGACUGUGACUCCAAAGGCAUGAUCUGUAAGAACUUGAUUGGCACGUUUAUGUGCAUUUGUCCUCCAGGCAUGGUCCGUAAGCCUGAUGGAGAAGGGUGCACAGAUGAAAACGAAUGCCGUGUCAAGCCAGGUAUCUGUGAAAAUGCACAGUGCGUUAACACAUUUGGAAGCUAUAGAUGCGAGUGUAAUGAGGGAUUCCAAGCAAGUCCAACAGGAACAGAGUGCAUUGACAAUCGUCAGGGAUUCUGCUUUACAGAAGUUUUACAGACCAUGUGCCAGAUGUCCUCCAGCAGUCGAAAUCUUGUUACCAAGUCAGAAUGCUGCUGUGAUGGUGGGCGUGGUUGGGGUAACCAGUGUGAACUCUGCCCACUUCCAGGAACUGCUCAGUAUAAACGGUUGUGUCCUCAUGGACAAGGUUACACCACUGAUGGAACAGAUAUCAAUGAAUGUAAAGUUAUGCCUAGUGUCUGUUCAAAUGGCCAGUGUAUAAAUACUGUCGGAUCCUACAGAUGCCUGUGCAAACUGGGAUAUGCUACUGACAUUACUGCAACUGUCUGCCUUGAUGCCGAUGAGUGCUCUCAAGCACCAAAGCCAUGCAACUUUAUUUGCAAAAACACAGAAGGCAGUUACCAGUGCUCCUGUCCCAGAGGCUACAUUCUGCAGGAAGACAGGAAGACCUGCAGAGAUCUUGAUGAAUGUCAGACCAAACAGCACAACUGCCAGUUUCUGUGUGUCAAUACCAUUGGAGGGUUUACCUGCAAGUGUCCUGCUGGAUUCAUACAACAUCAUACUGCCUGCAUUGAUAAUAAUGAAUGUGCUUCUCAGACAUCCCUGUGUGGUUCCAAAGGGAUCUGUCAAAACUCUCCUGGUAGUUUUAGCUGUGAAUGUCAGAGGGGGUUCUCUUUGGAUGGCACAGGCUUGAAUUGUGAAGAUAUAAAUGAGUGUGAAGGAAAUCACAGAUGUCAGCAUGGCUGUCAGAAUAUAAUGGGAGGUUACCGUUGCAGUUGUCCCCAUGGAUACGUACAGCAUUAUCAAUGGAACCAAUGUGUUGAUGAGAAUGAGUGUGUGAGCCCAAAUAUAUGUGGAAGUGCAUCAUGUUAUAACACACUGGGAAGCUACAGAUGUGCCUGCCCAUCUGGCUAUCUCUUUGACCAGUCUGCUAUCAGCUGUCAGGAUGUGAACGAAUGCACCUUUACCAAGAAUCCUUGCAGUUUUGGUUGCUCCAACACAGAAGGAGGUUACCUGUGUCACUGCCCACCUGGAUACUACCGAAUAGGACAAGGGCACUGUGUCUCAAGCAUGGGAUUUAGUCAGGGGCAGUAUCUACCCCCAGGCAGUGAGUUUGAAGAGGAGAACGCACUGUCUCCUGAAGCUUGCUAUGAGUGCAAGAUUAAUGGGCACUCCAAGAAGCAAUCAAGAAGAAGACGAAACAUCAAUAAGACUGAAUUAAUUCAGUUUGAACGGACAAGUUUGGCAAGCUUAGCCAUUGAAAAACCACUAACAUUGAGGUUCAACACUUCAGAACUAAAUGCCAAAGAGUACAUUAUGCAGCUCAUCCCAGCCAUUGAGCCUUUGCACAACCAUGUGCAUUAUGUAAUAUCACGUGACAGUGGCAAUGGCCUCUUCCAUAUCAGGCAGCAGGAUGGCCACAGCUACCUGUAUACAAACAGGAAGAAGCCUGUACCUGGCACUUACACACUGGAAGUCUCCAGCAUCUCACUGUACAAGAACAAUGAACUGCAGAAAAUGGAGGACAAACAUGACACCAACUACUUGGUAGGAGAGCUCGGUGAUGCCCUCCACAUGGCACUGCAUAUAGAACUGUAUUAAUCUGCCUGAAAAUCCAGUCGGUCUUUGCUUACAUAUCCUUACAUUGGAAAGCAUUUGGAACAGUUAAGUCUUUCAAAGGAUCUUUGUUACAGUUUCUCUAAGACUGCAAAUAUGACCUUUAUUGAAAGGUUACUUUUUCAGCAUUGCCAUGAUCAUUAUAUAAAAAAAUUGAGGGGUGUUCCACAUCUGUGCAACUUUUUAUGCCACCUCUGUUUUUAAGAAUUGAAAUUUCUAUUAGGAUGAUUUAAGAAGUAGGCACUUGGCAUUACAUGGCUCAAAGGUGAGACAGAGAUAAUGUUUUGUUCUAAUUAGUUUCCCGUGGUAUUUUGCUAUAGUUCCUUGAAAGAAUAGUGAUAAAUGUAUAUUUAUUUAAUACAGUAAUAUAUGAAUAAAGUGUCAAGCUAUGGAAGUAAAUAAAAAGAGAAAUUUGUAUUUCCUAAAGCUAUGGCAGAAUGAUUGAUUUUACAGUAUCUUCCCUGAAAGAAAAGGCUGUAAAAGUGUUUUUAAUGAACAAUUAUGUUAAGUGGCAUUAGUAUUCAACUGACUGGAAUUAUGUAUCUUUUUUUUUUACUUUUUGAGAGUGUUUGUAUUUUGUUUGUAGUUCUCAAUUUCAUUUUUUUUUCUUUCAGAAACUCAUAUAUUCUCAUUUGUAAGGAUGUUAUAGUCACUGCAACCUACAUUUUAGAGUAACAAAGUAUACAAUUUCAUCUUUAAAACUUGACUGGAGAAAGUUGAUGACAAGGAUAAAACAUUCUUUUUUACUUAAAAAGAUCAUAUUGAGAAGUUUUUGCACCGCAUUUAUAUUUUGUAUGUCUGGCGCACAUUCUAGCAUUAAUUAUAAUUUUUAAUUGUUUUGCACAUUAAACCAAGUGGGGUAAACAUCUACUGUAGCAAAAUACAUUGACUGCUUCUGUUGAUUCAAGCACUGUAUGUUUGACUGUACUGUAUGGACUAAGUCUGAAAACCUCUAAAGACCAUGUUUACCAGAUAAACUCCUAGUGAGGGGGUACUGUAUUAACUUCUGCAAUGCAUACAGGAAUGCAUACAUUAAAAAAAUGUUUAAUAUUUAGAUUAAUGGUGCUAUUAAAGGACUGUGAUAUGUCCAAAUUAAUAAUGUAGUCACAAGGAAGAUCUGAAAGGAAGAUUGGGACAUUGCAUUUAUUGCAGUGAUAAAACUGUUUGUGUCCGUUGUAUCAUAGUAUGAUAUAUAUGAAGUACAUGUAUUUUUUUUUUUUUUUUGCAUUUUGAUUGUAAA